AUGCCAUAUUCACAAGAUCAAUUAAGUGCAUACCGUGCAGUAAUUAUAAUCACCUUAUUAUUAUCCAUCUAUGGAAGUCUUCAUUAUGCUCAUCAUGCAUAUGGCACCGACACCCCAUUCACUGCCAGUUAUGUAUUAUUAUCAAUCUAUUGGAUUGUAAUCUAUAUCUGGCAAAUCGCAUUCACAAUUGCUUCCUUCAUCCCCAAUGAAACUCGAUUAACUAUGGUUUGUGAAUUAGGUUGGCAUUUCCCCAUUUUUAAUAUCUUACAUUAUAUUUGGGCUGAAUCAUUCACUAAUCAAUAUUUUAUCCUUGCUGAAUUAUUCCUAAUUUUGAAUUUCUUUAAUUUGUUAGGAAUGUAUUUCACUCAUAAGACAUAUGCACUUGGACCAGUUACAAAUUGGUUCUUGAUUCAUGUUCCUUUGGUUGCUUUGCCUUUGAAUUGGGUUAUUUAUGGAAUCAUGUGGAAUGGGGCCGUGAUGUGUCAUGUUGAAGAGAAAUUAUGGGCUAGAAUAUUAGCAAAUAUUUUCAUUUGGGAUUUUUUGUUAAUUGGUGCGAUUUUCUUGUUUUUGUUUAGAGAUUGGGCCAGUGGAUUAAGUAUUUCUUAUUUAAUGUUGGCAUUGGGUUUCAGACAAUUGGCGACUAAGAUAUUUGCCCUUCAAUGGAUAUUUGCAUUUGUUAUUUCUGGUGUUUUAUUCUGUGCUAGUGUCUUUGUAUUGGUUAUUGAUGGGUUUAAUCCUUCACAACCUGAAAAUGAACCAUUAUUGGAAGAUCAAGGUGUUUAA